AUGGCGAUUUUUUCGCAUAAGAAUUUCGUUGCCAAUCUGAAUGAAUACGAGGAUCUUAUACGACAUGAAAGCACCAUUGUUCCUGUGGUCCUGAUAGGCGACGACUACAAAAGCAAUCAAACUUUGGGAACUAUUCUAGGCCUCUGGUCAUCGGUAUUAGUUUUCAUGGAUAACAUCGAGAACGAAAAUAUGAUCUUGAUUCUAAACGAAACUCUUCGCCAAAUACGCACAUCAAAAAUACUUGUUGUUCUUGAGAAUCCUCCCGAAACUACUGAAUCUUUUAAAGGCUUUUUUCAAACUUGUCGAAAACUGGGCAUUGUCAAUAUUAUUGUAAUGUUUGAUGAUCAAAUUCUAUCAUAUCAACCAUAUCCUGAAGUUAGUAUUGAAAAUAUCACCUCAAAGCCAAUCACAGAAUAUUAUCCUGAUCGAAUGUAUGACUUAAAAGGCUAUGUAUUUCGUACACCAAUCCAACAAGACGGGUCUAGAGUUUUCAUCUAUAAGGACAAAGAAGGAAACGAAAAAAUAACCGGAACCAAUGCUCAAUUGUUUAAGUACUUUGUCAAGCGACACAAUGCGACUUUUGUUAAACAUUUCGACGGAAAAGAACAAAAAGGUUUUGACAUAGUUCGUGGCUUAGCCUUGGUUAGACAAGGUGUAUGUGAUAUUUUGAUGCAUUCUUAUACAUCUUUUUCGCCAAACAAUAUCGGUUUCAGUUAUCCAGUUGCUCAAAUUGAGUGGUUAGUUGUUGUUCCUUAUGUCGGAGAGAUUCCUUCAUAUCGCUAUUUGAUCCUGCCGUUUGACUUUGAAGUUUGGGUUUGUCUUGCAGUCAGUUUUAUGUACAUCUCGAUAGCGAGUUAUUUGACAAGAUGGUACUGUCAGAAUUUGAAUGAAUACGGUCCAGCAUUUACACGGAUUUUUGCUGAAUUCCUCUAUCUUUCUUCGACGGAUUUGUCAUGUAAUCUGCGGACGUUAAUUUUCGAAAUGCAAGUUUUUAUUUACGGAUUGAUGUUGACAAAUAUUUAUGCAGCUUUUUUGUCAGCAUUUCUAACUACAUCUGUUCAGGAUAAACAAAUUGACACUUUGGAGGAUUUACUUCAAAGUGGGUACAAAAUUGUGUCGAUAUUUUAUGAAGUCGAUUCGGUAAUGCAUACUGCUGGAUACAAAAAACGUUACGAUAGUAUUUUUUAUGUUCAAAAUAUCGAUUUUAUUAAUGAAUAUCGAAAGAGUCUGAAUCGAACUUUUGGAUUUGUCUUUACUUCAGAUCGUGCGCGAUUUUUUUUAGGUCAACAAAAGUACUUGGAAAAGAAGAGGAUGUAUGUUGCUAAGAAUACAUUGGGUUCAUAUUUUUUGAUAUUUUUAAUGCAAAAGGAUUCGCCAUUUCGAAUGAAUUUUGAUAAAAUUUUAUUGCAAUUGUACGAUGUGGGAUUGUAUAAGAAAUGGGAAGAAGAUACUUUUAAUCAAGCUGUAGCGUCAAAGUAUUUGCAAAUAUUUCGUACUGAAAGUGAUGAUUUAUUUCGAUCUUUGACAAUUGAUUAUUUAGGUGUGGGCUGGGCUACACUUGGCAUUGGUCUUGUAUUGUCAUUUGCGGUAUUUUUGGCGGAAAUUGGAAGAUUUAAAAUUUUAAAGAUAAAUUCGAGAGAAGUUAAGAAAUUGAAUAGGUAA